AAAUAGUUUUACUCAAUCACCGUUCGGUGCAAUAACAUUUUAAAAAUUUUCCGAUAGCUUCAAACCAAAUUGUAUAAAAAACAUUUGCUAGGCAUCCUGAAUUUUCCUCAUUGGCGUGGGCAGAAAAUAAAUACAUAAACGAAAAGUGCUAGCGACGAUGUGAAACAAAUAAACACAUAUGUAGCUCACAAUUUCUUGCAUCCGCGCUGCCUGUCUACAAUUUCAGUCAUUUUCAAACGUUCGUCGUGAGCGGAAGUGUCACUGUUUGAAUAAUCAAUUUUGAUCCGAAAUCUCGCAGGAGAGGAAAAUUCACGUGCACACACUUCCCAAUAAGUGUAAUAUUGGCAUUAGCAUCGCGAAAAUUCGUUCGUGCAAUUCAUAAUUCAAUUGCCACAGCUAAACAAUUUUUAAAUAGCGGCGAGAAACAACUGAGCAGCAGUGCAGUAGAAUUUGCAAAAGCAUAACAACAAAUAUUUCUAAAAUAUUACUAAAGUCGUUCGCAAAUCACAAAAACUACUUUUAAUAAUCAUGUUGUUUAUGUGUCAUCAAAUGGCGAUAAAGAAGGAAGCCAAUGACAAAGCGAAAGCCGCCAAACUUCGAAGGGCACAAAUUGGCGUUGGCGUGCCAAUUGUUUGGAUUUUGGGUGGUCCCGGUUGCGGCAAAGGUACACAAUGCGCUAAAAUUGUCGAGAAAUACGGAUUUACACAUCUCAGCUCUGGCGAUUUGCUGCGUGCAGAAGUCGCCUCAGGUUCUGAUAAGGGCCGCGAGCUGGAAGCCAUAAUGAAGGAAGGUAAAUUGGUGCCUAAUGAAGCAGUAUUGUGCCUGCUAGCCAGUGCUAUUGCCGAUAAUAAGUGCGAUGCGAAAGGCUUUCUAAUUGAUGGCUAUCCGCGAGAGAAGGAUCAGGGUGCAGCUUUUGAGCGAAACAUUGCGCCGGCGGAUUUGAUUAUCUACUUUGAUUGUUCAGAUGAUGUUAUGGUCCAACGCAUUUUGGGACGUGCAGCUGCUUCGACAGAAGUGCGCGCCGAUGACAAUGAAGCAACCAUCAAAACUCGUCUCACGACUUUUCGAACAAAUACUAAUGCCAUUCUGGAGCAAUACACAGAUAAAACAAUAACGCUCAAUGCCGAACGUUCCGCUGACGAAAUUUUUGUUGAUGUGCAACGUGCAUUGGAUUGUCUGAUUCAAAAGAAGGCUCAAGCGGUUGCAUGCGCCUAAUUAAUGACUCUAUAAUGAAUAUUUAGUGCAUACCACAUACAUAAAUAACAAAAUUAACGUUGAUGCACGUAAAAAUGCUGUAGCACAAUUGAAACAGGCAUACGAACCCAAGCAAUUGAUAUUAGCUAAUU